AAUUAAUACCAUUUAUUACGAAGUAUCUUCCGAUUCAAGAUCUUAAAAAUUGCUAUAGUCUAGAUGAAAUAUGGAAAACUGAAGCUAUUAGAGAAAUUCGCAAAAGAUUAAUAGUGGACUGCUCAUUCAUUGAUAGUAAAACAACUGUUAAAGCAUUUAUUGAUCCCAAAUCCCAGUAUAAUAGUAUCAGUAAAGCACUUGCACGAAAAAUGGAUUUAUAUAUAACAAGGAUGGAUGGAUCUAAAUAUCUAGCGGUAGAAGCUCUUGGUGUUGGUGUGACAAAUGCUGGAAAUUCAUAUAAACAUUUCUUAGUUGUUGACAAGCCCGAAGAUGAUUUGGUUUUAGGAAGCACAUGGCUAACGAGGUUGGGAAAUAGGAUUGAUGGACGUGAUGGGAGAUAUUGGGAAUCUAAUGAGGAAAAAAGGAUAUAUUACGCAAGAAAUAGUAUUGAUAUUCUGUCUCCUUCAUUAUAUACAUUCUACGAAUUAUUAUUUCCUAAAUUUUCUGCAAUUAAUUCAGAUGGGGAAGUUAUAUUAAUCGAGUUUUCUGACCAAAAUAUGGAGAAUAACCUUAUUGAUCUAAAUGAAUAUUACGAUUCAGAUUAUUCUGAGACGGAGUCCGAAUUUAGUGAUUCUGAAACAGAGUUUGAAUCUAGUGAUUCUGAAGCAGUGGAUGUACCUCUCCUGGUUAUAAGUAGAAUGAUACAAGAUAAUAGUGGAGCUAGUGUCGAGACACAUAAUAUCGAUUUUAUUCCUAAUCAUUCAUCGUGGGUUAUAAACAAUUGCACCCACUAG